GAUUGAUUAAUUAUUUUAACACAUCCGGUAGUUCUAACAGUGAGACGUGAAACGUGAGAGUGAGGUAAAGAACUCUCAAUUGCAACCCUUAGCAACGCGCCACGCCAGAGCAGAGCACAAGUGUAACAGUAACAGAUAUCCCAAUCCCAAGGAUAUCCUUGCCUUUUCAAUAGUAGAGCAAACAAAAUCUGUUUAGGUAACACUGUUGUAAGUGGGGGAUUCCUGUGAGUCUGCCGCGCUGCUCCUCCCCCUGGGCAGCAGAAAAAUUCACACAGCGAACAGAGUGAAAGUGAACAACACAGAGUAAAGUGUGAGGUGAAUUUUCUGAAUAUCCUUGUGUUUUGUUGUUGUUCUUGAGUGUUCUGUUUAGUAUUCGAACUGAAAAGAGGUCGCCGCUUGGAAUUCCCACCCCCAUCUCCACUCACCGUCACCGACCUACCUAUCAGACCAGGACCAGGAGAAAAGAGUCCCAUUUAAGUGAAAAGUAAAGGGACGGGAAACCUUAAGUAUCAGAGAGUCUCUGUGUAUCUCUGGUUAUUUUAUUUUUCUUGUGUUGUUGUUAUCCUCAAUUGAAUAUAUUUUGGGGUCGGGUCGUGUCGUGUCGGGUCGGCUCGUCAUCAUCAUUAUCAUCAUCAAAGCCGUAGUCAUCGUCGUCGUAGUCGUCGUCAUCGUCACUGACACUGGCACUGCUGCACACCCCCGGGCGCAAGCAGCUAUACCAAGUGAAUUAAGGGUGUGGAAAUCAUUUAACUGUAGUCAAACACGAUACGAACUCGAACUAUAGAUAGAAAACAAAAAGAAAAACGUCCUUAUAAGGAUUUAUUGUGUGUAUUUCCUCCCACAAAGUACCAAAUAAAAAGGAUUAGAAUUUGGCAUAUCAGAAUUUAUAUUUUUUGUUAGUUCUCAAUAAAUCUACAUCUUUCUAUACAACUCUACAUACACAAACAAAAAUAUAUAGAAAAAUAAAAUCUUCAAGGACCUUUUUACACAUUUUCUUACAAGUUUUUCCUUAACAAAAAAAUAAUAUAAAAUCAUAUUGAAGUGAAUGAUAUACGUAUUAAAAUGUAAUGUAGUUUUUCUUAUCGUAUUUAAUCAGUCUUUUAUAUAUAAAAAAUAAAUUAAUCUAAAGUGAAAAAAUAAACAAAACAGGAUCAAAGUGUCAUCUACCAAUAACUUGAACACAUUUGAAUUUAAAUAAAUGUCUUAUGGUCAUUCAAGCAUAUUAAUGAAUCCUUAACAAGUUGUCUAUUCAAGGACUUUUCCUAUCGACACAAUUCAACACAGUAUCUUUAAGAUAGAUACCAACAAUAUUAUUUUGAAUAAUAUUUAACAUAAAUUUAUAUUUCAUUUAAAAUGAAUGAACAAUAUAAAACAAAGUGACAUUAAAAAAGAGAAAAUAUACAUAAACAAAAAAAAUGUAUAACCUUGUAUUGGAGUGAAAGAGGAUACAUUUCCUUUUUCAUCAUCGUCGCGUCGCGUAGCGUAGCGUCGCAUCGUUUCGAUCGGUCGUGUCGUUUCAAAGGAGGCAUAUUUGUUUGCUUUUGAAGGACUUUAAAAAGUUGACAUCGAGGGUCACUUAUAGUUUCUUGCAUUGGAAUUUUGAUUAUAAUUAUACAAUAACACAAAUACAAUGGCAAAACGAAAGGGAAGCGGCAGAGGAAAAACCUCAAACGCCCGGAAAUUGGCAUUAGAAAAUGCGCAAUCUGCUGAAAAAAGAGAAAAAUUAAAAGAUGACCCGGGCGGUACAAAAUCAAACAAAAUGGAUGAUACCAAGAAAAUGACUACAUCCAAGAAGCAACAAUCACAAACGCACUACAAAACCACCGUUAAUACUAAUAAUCACUUAAGUGGUACAACAACUAAUAAUAGUAAAAAACACAAUAACAAUCAACAGCAGCAGCAAAAUCAUAGACAACAAUCCGCUGGCGGAACAGUAACAACGAGCAACGGUGGGAAACAAUCAACUUCCUCUGCUGUACCAUCAAAGUCAUCGUCCUCGCCAACAGCAACACUUACACCACAACAACAACCAUCAUCAACAGCAACAACAACAACCACCUCCGCCCCAACCACCACCAACACUCCAACCAAUCGUUCAGAAAAAAAGAACGCUUCAUCUUCUUCGGAGAAUCAUAAUAACCCUCAAAACGCCAAAAUGACCAUAAGCGAAACAAAUAAGCUUACAUCAGAACUUAUCAGCAGCAGUAGUAGCAGCACCAAUAGUGAUAGUAGUAGUUUAAGUAGUAACAACAACAACAAUAAUAAUAAUAACAACAAUAACAACAACAAUAGUUAUCACAAUAACCAAAAUAACACUAAUACCAAGAGCUUAGUAAAUGAAUCAUCAUCGAUGUCCACAACAACAUGGAACAACCUUAAGUACCUGCAUAAGAAAUUUAAGCGCAUUGCCAGCGCAACAACCACCAAUCCAAACAACAAUAACAACAAUAACAAUCCAUCAUUGGAGCAACAUGAUGCUACCGAUAAAGGAGGCUCUUCGAUAUCUUCCACCUCAUCCUCACCUCCAUCAACAUCACCGAUAUCUGAAUCCCCACCAAUAGCAUUAGUGGUAAAUGAAAAUCUUGGUGCCGCAUCAGAAGAUCGAGUGCCACCAUUGACAAAUGGUCAUGUGGCACUACCAAUUGUAUCUGAUGCAACAACAGCAAGUAAUAGUGCCAAUGAUAAAAAGAAAUUAACCAACAACAAGAACAGUAGUAGUAAUAAUCUAAGCAACAACAGUGAUCUAGCCCUAAGUAAUAGCAUAAGUAGUAGUAAUACAAUUAGUGGACAAGUCCAGAGGACAACGUCAGCAAUAACAACAACAACAACGACGACGACGCCUAGUAUUAGCCCGGUGUUGGGGCCACAAAAUCAAAAACUCGCCCAACAAACACCGAACCUACAACAGCAACAACAACCGAAACCAACUGUUGGUAAUAGUACAUCAGAUUCAUCUGGACAACAACUCUCAAGGCAUGUUUGUCCUUAUUGUAAUUUGAAUUGUACUAAACCAUCGGUACUCCAGAAACAUAUCCGUGCACACACAAAUGAACGACCAUAUCCCUGUGAUACAUGCGGUUUUGCAUUUAAGACAAAAAGUAACUACUACAAGCAUUGCAGAUCGAGAUCGCAUGCGUUGAGGAUGAGAGGUGUAGAACCACCAACCGAUGCAGAUGAAGGCUCUAUGGGUGCUUCAGAUCAGGAACAAGAUCCUGAUAUGAGUAAUAGCAGCUCAGAUGUGAUAAGCCGUACAACUUCUCCACUUGAUGAGAGGACAUCAUCACCAGCUGUUCUGUCGAGCCAAGUUUUACAACAGCAAAGUACCUCAUCAUCGCCACCUAAUUCAAAGACUUUCCUUCAGCCAAAUAUUUUGGCAUCACAUCCAAAUGGAGGGACAUUAACGGUUGCUGCUACUGUCGCCAAUCAACAGCAGCAGUUGCAGCAUCAAAAAUUGUUUCCACAACAGCCACAACAUGGAUCUGCAAUUAAUGCGAUUGCUACUUCCACAUCCAAUCAGCAAAAUCAGAAAUAUUCCAAUGACAAACCUUAUAAACCAAAGUUCCAUAAUGCUGCUCUCUAUUCUCCUAACAAAGCCCAACAGCAUAAUCAACAACUUCAACAGCAACAACAACACAAACAACAACCCCAACAGCAACAUCAGCAUCAACAACAACAACAGAUCCACCAGCAACAUCAACAACAACACGAACAACAGCAAAAACAACACCAACAGCAACACCAGAUACAGCAACAACAGCAGCAGGAGCACCAGAGGCAACAACAACACAUGCACCAAAUGCAACAACAUCAGCAACUUCAAUUGAAAGAAGAAGAAUCUGCAGCGAUAGCCAAACUGCAACUUCAGCAACAACACCAACAUCAGCAACAGCAACAGCAACAUCAGCAGCAACAACACCAACAGCAUCAUCAACAACAGCAACACCAACAACAACAACAACAAUCACAAUUUCACCAACAAAAUCAUCAAGUCCCUCUUCAGGCACCACAACCAGUUGCAUUGCAACAGCAUUUGAGCAGCUCCCAUAAGAUUUCAAAUCAUCAUAUGAGCAACAACCACCAGUUGAUUCCAAUGCAAGGACCCCUUACACUGCCGCCACAUGUGUCGCCAACUGGCUAUUAUGUCAAUCCCGGAAUGCUUCAUCACUACUAUACGGCACAGCCACAUCUGCUUCCUCCUCCGUCUGGCAACCAGCGAGAUGUUAUGACGGUGUCCGUGUCACCAGCUCACUAUCAACAGCAACAGCAGCAGCAACAACAACAGUAUCAGCUGCAACAUUCAAGUGUAAUGGCAUCGCCGAUGCAGGUUACAACAAAUCCACCCACUAAAAAUUCCUCACAUAGGAACUAUCAUCCUCAAGCAGUGGCAAUUCCCCCACCGGUAAGUGGGUCAGGAAUGUCUCAUUCGCCAAAUAUACAACCGGCGGCUAGUGGCAACAAGGAUGCUAAUCAAGCUAGUUCUGGUUCUCUUCUGUCAAAUAAGGCGGCGUUAUCUGCUGCUGCAGGAGGUGGACAUCAAUUGAAUGUGGAACGUCUGCAGGAGCACAUAUCGAAACUCAUAUCACAGAACGAGGCAAUUGUAGAGAACAAGGAACUGCUCUUGCAAAAGAAGUAUCCUAAAACCCUUAACCGUUCGAGGAGUUUCACCAAUGCCAAUACACCGAGCCCAGCGUCUAGCGGCAACAGUAACCUAGUCCCAUCUUCAACAGUGCCAAGUGGAGAAAGUGCCAGUACAAAGUUGGCUCAGGCAAUUGUCCACAAACAACAACAGCAGUUGCAACACCAACAACAAUUGCAACAGCAAAUGCAACAACAGCAGCAACAACAACAACAACAACAACAACAGCAACAGCUUCAACAACAACAACAGCAGCAAAUGCAACAACAACAACAACAGUAUCUUAGAGGCUUCAAUGAUGAGCACAUUCAGAGGCUAGCAGCAAACUCAUUCAACAGUCCCAUAAAUGGCAUGUCGAAGAAUCUGCACAAACUUGCCGCAGUAAGCAUAAUGAUACCUCCCAUGCCUCAACAACCACAACAGCCACAGCCGCAGCAGCAGCAACAACAACUUCAGCAACCAACCCAACAACACCAGCCAACAAAUCUGCAGAAGCAACAACAGCCUCGUAUUCCACAUAAUCCGCCUCCAGUCUCAGUUUCUUCGCCACCGACGAUACAAUCGCAGCCGAAAGAUUCUACACCAGCAGGAGCCAUCAAUGUGCCCCUAAAUCUGUCCAAGGUGACCGAUCCGGCUGAUGUUCCGAGCACAAGUUCAUUUUCCCGAAAACGUCUCUCAAUUGAAUCACGGUCUUCGCCUGCGCCCGAUAACGCUGUAACCAGCAGCACGAGUAGAGGCAAGAGUCCUGCCCAACAUCCGCAGAAUCCCAGUAAUUCAAUCAUCAAAAACUUAUUGCUAAAUGCUCGAGGCUUAGCUGUUCCAACUGGUGAGGGUGAAGACGCUGUCUACAUUUGCCCACUUUGUCCCAUGGAGUUCCGGACUGCUGAAGACCUUCAAGUGCACAAUAGCACAUACUGCCAGGGCACGCCCUCCAGUGCUCCUACCAGCCCAGUCUCUUCACCAUCCUAUAAGUAUUUCCGGUCAAAUUCUAUAAACGUCAGCCUGCCCGAGUUGAAUAACCCGAAUUCACUGGCGAAAUUGGCCAAAUCAUCUCUAUUCUACUCCAAGAACCCACUGUCUCUAGUAAAGCUCGCUUGGUCACAAUUAAAAACCAAACCCAGUAAUCUUGUUCUUGAUCAAUUGAGUUCAUCUACAUCCAUUGCUGCUACAGCGUCAUCUGUUGCUGCUGCUGCCGCAUCAGAAGCUUCUUCGUCUUCCUCUAAUCCUGUGCCAUUAACGUCAUCAUCAACCGUUCGACCGAAUUCCACUCCCGCUCCUCUGCAAGAAGUGGUCAUAAAUAAUCGUUUCAUUGACGCCCCAUUGCCCUCACCAGGACCACUGCUGGGCAAAACUCCCCUCGUCGAAGCUUAUAACCAUAACGAUAGGAAAUCAGAGGAAAUUGUCAUCCGAAAAGUUCACGAUGAUCAGACCCCACAGUCCUUUCGGUUGGUCAACAAGAAAGCAAAAUAUGACAGGAGUUAUCAACAGGAACCUUCCACGAGCUUUCAUCAAUCCACGUCACAACCACAUCCAGUCAAGCCUAAUGCUAACUACCCUGCCCCAGGAGAAAUAGUUGACAAGAAAGAGGAAAUAACGAAGCGCUUCAUGUCCUCUGGUGGCUGCAUGGUUCCUAUCUCCGAGUGUCCCGAUUUGGAUAUGAGUCCGAAGAUGAUCCGUACACCGCUCUUGUCCGGAGGAAGCUUCCAAGAGGUAUCUCCCAAGCCAAAGGAACAACCUUCUAAUAGAGGCACAACGCCCAAGAUGAUGAUUCCCAUAACUCCUCUGACACCAAGUCUUCCACCAGGCUUGCAGAUGUCUGGGCCAACGCAUUUCCAAUUUCCGCCAAUCAAUUCAAUUACGGCCUUCAAUCCUCUGACGCUUCCGAUCCUACAACAUGGAAGCGGUGAGAAAAUGAUUCCCUAUGUCCCAGGAAUCCCCGGCCCAAAUUGCUUAACUCCCCAAUUGCCUCCACCUCAGCAAUUACUAGUUCCGAGCCAAUCGCGAAAUCCUAGCCCGAAUCGACAGAAAGUUUCAAGCCCGGCCGUGCUCUCUGGUACGAUGGAAUCGUCAGCAUUUAGUCCGAAACCAAAAUCAAUGCGAAUGGAUGUUGAAGGAAGAAACCUUUCACCUUUUGGUGGUGUUAGCAAUGUUCCAAGUGAGUUCAAUCGAGUUCCACCGUCCCCAGCACUGAGGGCUGCCCGAUGGCCAACUCCAGCAAAUUUAGAAGUUCCUAAAAAGUCCUUCAAUUUCUUGCGCAUGGCUGACAAUGUUAGCCCACAAAAAGGCACCAAAUCUCAGGAGCCCGAAAAGGAAGUUCGACACUUCAAUUUUGACAAUUUGCCAAAAGAACCUGAAAUAAUCACUUCCACGCGAUCACAAGAGGCAAUGACGCCACUUCAUGUUGAUACAUCGAAUUCAAGCUAUCGCCGCAGCGCAGAACCCAGUGAUUCUGGUAUUGAAUCUAUCGAAGAUAAGUCAUCGCCCUCGAAGCGUACGAAGUUCUUGAGACCAACAAGCUUGCCUCUUAAACCUGGCACGUUUACACCUAAGCGUCACCAUGGAAUCACUCCAAAUGCAAAUACUCUGCCCCUGAUCUCUCCCGAAACACCUAGGCAAUCGAAAGCUUGUGCACAGAUGUACCUCAAUGGACAUGCCUACACCUAUCUCGGCCUCAAGUGCAGCACAAAGAUGUUCUAUUGCACCGUAAACUGUCCGCAGCCAUCCUAUGUUGCCAAUCUACAUAAACUGUCCAUGUACAGUGUUUGGCAGGUGUGUGCCGAAAACAAUCCCCAUCCAAUGGGAUUCAAGCCGAAAACCGUCAUGGCCUUGUAUGACGCUCGUCAAAAGUCCUGUGCCAACACAAAAGCCGGGGGGCCAACAACUUGUUCAACGGUUCAUUCCCAAGGCACGGUAAUGACUCCUUUCGAAAACAACAUGAACCAGUUCUACCAUCACCAAUUGAAGCCAUUGCCAUUUCCAACAUCUGAGGAAUCUUCCAAGACAUCUGAGUCAGCAGCUGACAAGGACAGUUCAAAUAGCCAGCAACUACUUGUAGGCGGCUAUGAGUCUCACGAGGACUAUACUUACAUCCGAGGACGUGGUAGAGGUCGAUUCGUGUGUCUUGAAUGCGGAAUUCGUUGCAAGAAGCCGUCGAUGUUAAAGAAGCAUAUCAGGACCCACACUGACGUUCGUCCAUACACUUGCAAGCACUGCAACUUUAGCUUUAAGACAAAAGGUAAUCUCACCAAACACAUGCAGUCAAAGACUCAUUUCAAGAAGUGCAUCGAACUGGGUAUCAAUCCGGGACCAAUGCCUGCUGACGGCGAGUUUAUGGAACCCGAUUUUGAAUACGACCAACAAUCGAUCAAUUCAGGAGGUGGAAGAACAUCAUCCUUACCAGGAGAAUCAAGUGACGAUGAUUUCUCCGACAACGAAACCGAAAGUAGUGAUGCCGACGACUCAAAAUCACGCCUGCAGGAACACGAGGCGGCUCGCUGUUUGCUGUCACUUUCUAUGACACCACCAAUCAGCAGUAUUUCGCCCAAAGAUUCCUACACAUAUCAUCAUAACGAAAAUCCAACGCCGCAGCAACAGCGGCGGGUAGUGUCGUUUACAUCACCGAAACCUCCCUUUGAUUAUCAGAAGCAGGAGCAGUACUACUCGAAUCCCGAGGAAUCCAAGCCCAAAGUCGCGCGAACCUCCGAUGAAAGCACCAUGCUGCCAAUUGACUUGACCAAACCUCGCUCUGCUGAACCCAUCGAUUCAAAGUUGAAGCAAAUAACCUUACCCCAAAUGCCACAUCAAUCGGCGGCACAAAUUCGCGCUGUUAUUGGUGCUGUAAGCAAUGAAUCGAUGUUCAUGAAGUCAUUGAUAAAUAUGACCGAUCGAGUCCGCUCCUCUAUUGAUUGCUCUGUGGCAAGAGUAGAUAGCAGUGCCUUACACAAUGCCUAUCUCACAGAGCAAGCUCUGUACUAUCAUAAGAUCAAGCAGAGCCAAAUGAACCGAAAUACCAUUGAGGGAGCUUGUGAAUCAAGCAACACCUAUACAAGCAACACUGCCAGCGGUCGGUACUUCACAGUGAGCUCUAGUUCCAGCACAUACAUGAUGAGCCCGGCAAUCAUAAGCCAAGGCAAAACUAUUGAACCGAUAAUUGAUCCAGUAGUGAAAACUAAGCCGGACACAAUGAAGCAGCCCGACGCUCCCAAACUUGACAAAGAAACUCUCUCCACCACUGUAGAGCCCACGAUAACGGUGCCAUCCAAGGAUACAGCAGCUAAAAUAAAAGCCCCUGGCAAUGCUAAAAGUGUUGCUUCAGAAUACCUUAAAAUGACAAAGUCCAAAUUGAAGACCUCAAGUUCAACGAAACCCGAAGAGAGCGGAGAUGAAAGCAUGUCCGAAAACGAGGCUGCUGGGGUGGAAACUUCAACUGCAUCGACACCACAAUCAACAGCGAGUAGCAUUACCAUUCCAUCGACAAGUGCUGACUUUUCCACCGUGCCCACACGAACAGUUAUCGUUGGAGAGGAUGGGUUCAAGAGUUCGUCGAGUGAGAAACAACCAGUCUUUCCUAGAGUUCCAAUUUCUAGUGAUGGGCGUUCAGUUUGCACAAUGUGCUCGAAGACCUUCCAAAAGCAGCAUCAGCUUGUACUCCACAUGAAUAUUCAUUAUAUGGAGAGGAAAUUCAAGUGCGAACCAUGUGGCAUAAGUUUUCGCACCCAGGGCCACUUGCAGAAGCACGAACGUUCUGAGGGCCAUCGGACGAAGAUCACCAUGACUUCUACUUUUGGUGUACCGACAUCAUCAAACCCCCGGCCAUUCGAAUGCACUGAUUGUAAGAUUGCCUUUAGAAUUCACGGCCAUCUAGCUAAACAUCUUCGCUCCAAGACUCAUGUCCAGAAAUUGGAGUGCUUGACAAAGUUGCCCUUCGGUACUUAUGCCGAAAUUGAACGGUCUGGUAUAAGCCUCACCGAAAUCGACACCAGUGACUGUGACAAUUCUUUGAUAAGCCUCAAAGUACUCGCCCAGAAACUAAUGGACAAAGAUCCAACAACAAUGGGAAAUUAUACAUCGCCAUCGGGAAUGCACGAUGUCCCCUCCCAUUCGAAUCCAAUCAAUGGUGGAGACAGUGGCAGUGAAGAUGGUUACGAUGUGCAAAAUUCCAUGGAUGAAGGUGGAAAGGCCGAAGAGAACUCAGCUCAUAAUAAUGUUGAUCAAAAUUUGAAAAGACGUAUUCAGCCAUUCAGCAGUAGUGACGAAGAGCAACAAGCCAUGGACGGAAUCGUGCCGGAGAAACGACAACGGACCCAGAGUGAGGUUUCGUCAAAUUGAUGUGUUUUGCGAGGUUAAAUUUCAUAUUCAGCAAAAUUACUCUGUAAGAAAAGAAGAUGCUUAUUUUACUAAAACUUCAAGGCCAAUUCUUGUCUUCAAAAAAUGCUGAAAAUAUGAUUUUUGUCAGCUGACUUCAUGAAAUUAUAAUCAUCUCUUUUCAUGAAGCUUUUCCUCUGAGGAAAUCAUCAACAAUCCAGUAGAGUGCUGAAUAGCUGACUUAAAAAAUCUCCCACCAUAUGGUUGUUAUUUUUAGAAUAUCGUUACAUUUUUCUUUAUAGAAUGUAGAAAGUGAAAAUUUCCAAUUCAGCGAUAUUCAGCAAAUGCGGAGAUUCAAGUAAAUCAAAGAUUCUCCAAAAACUCAGCCAAUCAAAAGUAAAAAUAAGAAUUUUUGAACAAAUAAAGAGGCGCUUAUUAUGAAAGCAAAUAUGAAUUAUGUGCCAAAUUUUAUGAAAAACAAACAAACAAACAAAAACUCUACCAAUCAUAUCACGUUAUUCUAAAACGUGUAUUUUGUUUUCUAAAAUUUAUUUAAUCUUAUGUGUUAUAUAUUAAUUUCUUUUAUUUUAAGCUCACGUGCUGUGACUACCUUAUUCGGCUUAGCCUAAUUUUGAUUUAGUUUAUCAAUAAAAAUAAUUAUUAGUAUUUAGUAGUAAUAUUGAUUUAGUUUAAUUUUGCGCUUGUUGUUGUUGCAUAAAUAUAUAAAUAAAAUUAUUAUAAAUUAAUAAGUUUAAGUUUAUUUUAAUUAAGAGACUGCGAGACUCAUUUUUUAAGUUAAAACAAUACAAACAAUUAAAACAAAUAAAUCAAAAAUAAUAUUCUUAAUGUUGUGUUUUUGUUUGGAAUAAUAAUAAAUAAUAACUGUUUUGUUAAAAAUACGUAUAUAUUAUAUAAUUAUGUAACUGCUGCGAUUAAUUAAUAUAUUUUUUAUUUGUUCUUUUGGAAAAGAAUGAGUGAUUAAAAAAAAAAUAUAUAUAAACAAAAUAAAAGCAAAACUGUUGUGAAGUUCUUUUUGUGAAUUUAUUCUUUUGUAUUUUAUUAUUUAAACAACAAAAAGAAACAAUAUUUUUAUUUUCAUUACAAAGAAACAAAAUGUAAACUGUGUAAUAUCGUACGAUAUCGUAGAAUAUAAAUUUAUCAUCUAAGUAAAUGUAAAUAAUAAUAAAAAAAAGAAAAAAUCAAAAACAUUUUUAAUCAAGUUUAUCUUUAAAAUAAAAACAAACAAACAGAAAUAAAAUAUAUAUUAUGAGUAAAGUUUAAUAAACAAUCCUCCUCUAUCUUUGUAGGUUUAAAAAGUGAUUUUAAUCUCAUUAUAUUUGUAUUUUGUAAUAUUAUAUACAUACAUAAAAUAUAUAUAAUUAUAUAUAUAUAUAUACAUCUACAUUUAUAUAUCUAUCUAUAUACAUCGUAAGAAAGU